AUGAAACUUUCCACUCUACCGGAAUCGAUAAACUGGAAUCACACUUGUCGGCGCAGAUCACAACUUAGACCUCCUACAGGAGCAGAGCAUUGUGGAACCCGGCAGCUUCGCACGCAUGAAAGAAAUAUAAUGAUGCGACUUGGUCUAACGCUGUCGCUCGUUUCUUCCUUUCAAAUAUUCCAGCAGUCCGUCAUAAACGAGAUGCGCGACGUCGACAGAAAGGAUCCUGUGUUCUCUAUAGCUAGCGCAGCUUUCCCACUGGGACAAUUUAUAUCAACGUUGUUUCUGGCGUUCCAUCCAAUCUCUGCCAAGAAAGGACUUAUAGCGGAUUCAUGGUUUCUAAUUGCAGGAUCUGUUGUUACACUUAUUCCCAGACUAAUUGCAGUCAUCACAAGUACAAAUGAAGCAAACUGGCAUGAAAUCUUUUGGUCUAUACUAUGCAUUGGCCGUUUUCUGGUUGGCUGUGGAGCCGGAAUCGGCUUCGUCUGUGUGACUAUUGUGCUGUACGACGAGAUUCCGUACAUUUCGCGCCCAGCCCACUUCCUUGUGCUUGGUCUCGCGUUCGCUUUUGGCACAUUGGUGAUUAAUGUUACUCCGCUUGUCGACGUACCCGACCUCGCCAUCCUUGUCUUCGCGUCUGCCCUCAGUGCGGCCUCUGGAUUUGCCUACCUCGUUCUGCAGCCGAAGUCGACCUACAAGUUGGACAGCUUAUCGAGCGAAGACUCGCACAGCGUCACAUCGUCAUUCCCUGCCAUGCUCGUCUAUGUUCUAAUGGCAUUGAACGUAAGUAUCGGUGUACCUGCUACUCUAGCAUUUUCGAAGGGUGUGUUUGAAAAAUUCGGCCUCAGUUCGGCCUCAUCCAGCUAUUUGUCUAUCGGGUUUCCUCUUGUUCAGAUGAUUUUAAUUCUUAUUCUCUACAAAAGUGUCCUGGAUAGGAAAAUUCUUAUUGUUGGUGGCUACAUUGUAGCAAUCAUUAUCCAAGUAAUUCUACUCAUAACAUCAUUUUACCCGUAUCUACCAAUGAUGCACAAAACUGUUGCUCUGAGCUCUCUCUUUUGGUUACUGGCCGUCGUCUGUUGCGUCCCCUGCAACACUGCGCUUUGUUUGAUAACAGAGCAGUUUGCUUCCUCUAAUGAACAAAUGACAUUUGCCAGCAGAGGACGUGCUCUCAUGUGGGUAUUGGCCACCAUAAGUACGGGGACAUUCACAUGGACGAUGGAGAAGUACGGUUUUUCGGCGUGUUUUGCGCCAUACGUUAUAAUCUCGGCUGUUUUGAUGGUCGUUCUAAUAAUAAUUUAUCCUCGAAAAGUGCAGGAACAGUGA